AAUCGAAAGUUUCUGAUUUACCGCCUUUUAAAAUAAUUUUCAAUAAGUGUUUACUCGAAGUGUGAGGCUAAUAAAAAAAAACUUCGUAUUGUUAUGAACUAUUUGGAACACAAAUUGUUGGAAAAUGAACACGGAAACGUUGAAUAAAUCUUUAGAGACUUUGGCUGGUUAUGUUUUUGAUAAUGACAAGCUGGUCACCUACAAAUGGCUAAGCAAAGAACUGCAUGUCCAUGUUAAUAUAGCCAAACAAAUUUUGUUGGACUUUCAUCAAAAAUAUCAAAAUAACAACAUAGAAUGCACAUAUUUAUUGAUAGGUCAUCUAAAGGAAAAACAGAGGGGAAUGCGUGUAGAAGUUGUUAAAGGAUCCAAUUUAUCUGAGGCUAAAGAAAAAUUCAGUAAAAUUAUCUCGGAGCAUGUAUACAGUGUUCACAAGCCAAUUGCAGAUCUGGAACUACUUGCUACUUCUGGUUCAGGCGAUAUAAAUUACAGCGCUAUAAAAUGUGAUGCUUGCAAAGAGCGAACAGAUGAAGAAAUGCAACUAUUACGUUGGGGUACAAUUACUACAAAAGUUACAACGGAAAAUGUGACAAAUUUAAAGUCUACAAAUUUAACAAAUCCACUAAAGACAGAAAAGAAUCCAAUAACAACAAAGAAGAAUGGAUUUAAUAAUUUAUUUAAUAUGGCUGAAAAAUCAAAAAGUUCUGAAAAAUUAAAAUCAUCUUUCCAAGAAAGUGAUAAAGACUCAAUGAAAAAGAAAAAAGAUACUGAAAAUGAUAAAAAUUGUGUCCAGAAAGAUAAAGAUUCUGUAGAAAAAAUUCAAAAUUUAACUGAGAAAAAUAAAAAUUCUGUGGUCAAUUCUACUACUAAAAAAGUAUCCCCACAAAAUAAUUCUAAAAAGGGAAAAUUAGAUAAUUUUUUUGGGAAGCGGCUCUCUCCUUCAAAAUCUACAGAGGUAAUAUCAUCGGAAAAGAAAAAUAAUAAUGCCAAAAAAGAAGUUACCGAAGGAAAAGUAAUUAAAGAAAAGAAGAAUUCACAUGGAAAAAAACGGAAUAGAAGCAAGGAAACAAAUGAAGUUGCUAAGAAACGGAAGAGAAUUGUUGUGCAAGAUGAUUCUAGUGAUUCAGAGAUACAAAGUGAUGUAGAGAUGGAGGAGUCGGUUCCUGAAAUAGAACCAGAAACUCCUAUGAAAGAUAAGAGUCCUUCUCCACCAAAAGUAAAACACGAAAAUGGUAAAAGAAAAGUGUUGAAGUUAAUUAAUAGAACUUAUAAAGAAGGUGAAUACAUUGUAACAAAGAAGGAACAUGUUUAUGUAAGUUGUUCUGAAGAUGAGGAAGAAAAAAAAGAAGAGAUGAAGAGAAAAGAGCAGAAGAAAACAGAAACUAAAAUGGGAAAUGUGAAAAAGAAGCAAUCCACGCUUACCAAUUUCUUUAAGAAAUGUUAGAAUUGUUUUAAAAUUGUCUAAG